UCUGUGAGGGAUGAUAAUAAUAAUAAAUAAUAAACUUUAUUUUUAUAUCCUGUCCCAUCUCCCCAAAGGGACUUGGGGUGGCUCACAACAGGGACAAGCCCAACAAUGACACAACAUAUUUGACAAAAACUUAAAACAUUUCAACAAUAAACAAAAUAAUAUAAUGAACAAUACAGAUAAAAUCAGAGUAAUUAAAAGCGAACCAGUGGGGACAGGUUUCAUAAAGUGCUAUAUCAUGGACAUAAGUAACAGUGAUAAAGUGCUGUACAGUUUUAUAAACAAAUAAUUAUUCCAAUGACAACUCUACUGGGCCUAUUCAUUCAAACGUGCUCCGGAACAGCCAUGUUUUCAAUUCCUGGCGGCAAAUGGGCAGGGAAGGAGCUAACCUGAUCUCCCUGGGGAGAGAGUUCCAGAGCCGGGGGGCCACUGCUGAGAAGGCCCUCAGUAAUUGUAGUCCAAUGCAUUUUGGUUAGGAUAUCAAGGGCCCCCGUUUAUCAGGUUUUUUUUCUACACAUGUCAUAUGCAUCUUGUUGCUGGGUAUAAAAAUUGUGAAAACACGUUUAAAACCUAUAAAUGGAAAGGAACUUUAUUAUUGAUCACUUCUGAUUUCCUGCCUACAGUCAGUGGUGAUGCAAGGAAGCUAGUCUCACUGUGGAUAUGAUGAAGCCAUCUGAAAUUACAGUCUAGCAAUUACUUCCAUCUAGAAAAGAUUUGCAGGAUAAAGAGCUGAAAUAGAUUUAGUCUUCGUCUAUAGAUUGGUAUAGCCAUUUAAUCUAUAUGUUUAAUCUCAUAUUGAACAUUCAAGGUAUAGGCCAUCUUUUAGUUUUUCUUAAGUUUGUGGCCUACAUGUACAUUCUGAGUAAGCGUAAUAGGACAGAAUACAUGCCUGUAAGCAAUCACCUUUGAUUUUUUUGUUUCUUCCUUCUGUAUUGCAGUUCAUUUUAAUUUCAGUUUUUUAUUCUGAACUGUUUGGAUACAUGCUGCUAUUCUAUGUGAGUUGCUGCUAAUUGGGCUGUUUAACCAGAAAAGUAAUCUCUUAUGGGGAAAAUGCUGUGUCAUUUUUUAAACCUCUUUGACAAAAGUAUUUAUAACAUGGGGAGUUACAGUAUUUACAUACCCAGUAGGUGACCUUUGGCGACCCACAUACUCUUAGCCCCAGAAAACCUUUCGAUAAGGUCACCAUAAGUCAGAAACUACUUGAAGGUUCACACCAACAACACUAUUCUUAUCAGUAACUCCAUUAUUUAAAACAUAUGUGUUUAUGUAAGCUUUAGAUUGCAAGUAUCGCAUAGAAGUGAUAGCAGCACAUACUAUCUAAAGCAGAGGAAGACAAUAUGUAGCUCUCCAGAUGUUGAACUGCAGUUCCCACUAAUAUAACUAAUAGCAAGGUACAAUAAAAGCUGCAGUCCUACAACAUCUCAGGUAGGACAUAUGCUUCACUUUUAACCAAAAAGCCAAUAUACGCAAUAUACCCUUUUCUUUAAAACUCUGAUUUUAGUAAUACGUAACAUUAUGCAGCUUUAGUGAUUAACUGAUUAAUUAGCUAAACCUCAUGACCUAAUUCCAAUUGCCUCAUCUAGAGUAGCUCCACUCAAACAAUGGGAACUUGAAAAAUCAACACUUGGUUUGUGAUUUCUGUAAUUCUAUAACAUGUUAGUUUAAGAUUAGCAAUUGGAUUUACAGCCUUGUAAUCAAAUGUUUAUUGUUUCUUUAAUCAGAUGGAGAGUCCAAUGAACACAACAGCUGUCUUGGUACUUGUUUUAUUUUUCUUCCCUAGAGCCUUUCCCCCAAAUAAUGAUAUAUUUUGACACUAGCUAUUCUAUAUUUGGAUUUCUUGUUGUGUUGCUCUGGAGAGAAAGAAAAUAAAUAUAGCUUUGCUAUUUUUUCCUGUUUACUGAUGGCUGUGUUUUAUAGCACACUGUAUGUGUGGGUUUCUAUUUGCCUCAGCAUAGCUCUAACAGGCACAUGACACAACCAGGGGUUUUGCUCUUUAUCAUGACUGGAUUAAACGGAGAGAGGUUGGAACAUGAGCUUCAUCCAGAAGAUCAAGUUCUCAAGUUGGAGCAGGAAGCAGUCCUAGCUACACCAGGGAUAGGAUCCAAUCUCCCAUUGUUCCAGCUCAGACUCACAUGGUCUACACAGCAUAAAAAUGUUCUCCCCUGUGACAAGAAACAGCCAGCCUUCUUCUGAACUUGAUGGAUUGAAUGAAGAAAAACAGUUCAUCCACUACAGCUGCAAGUUCCAUUCUUCUCCUGAGAAAGACUGCCACAUUUCUUGUCAUUCCAAAGGAGACCGCACCUCUGACACUUCUAGUUCUUCUUACCGCACUGCGCCAGGCUCAGAGGAAACUGAGAGUUUUAAGGACUGUGCUGAGUACUUUGAAGAAACUGGAGCUCAUAUUAAGCCAUGCACUUACUGUGACUUAUAUGAACAAGGAAGUAUAUCGCCAGCAACAUCGAUCAUCCCUGAGGCUCAGACAAGCCCUGCUGAUGGAAGCAAGAUGUCCAAGAUUACAGUCAGGCAACUCUGCGGGACUCUGAAUAGUUUCGGUAGUGUCUCACACGAAGACCCAUAUGGUGCAAACAGCAAAGAGAAAGGUGAUACUUAUGCUGCUACAUCUGGAGGAGCUCAGGCAUGUUUCCCACCCCACAGGAGUGAGACUUUGGGAGACUCGUUGCCAUUCCAAGAGGCAAGAGUGCAGAACCUGCAGGCAAACCACAGUGGGACUAUAAAAGAUCAGUCCUGCAGAGACAAACUCUGUUCCAGUAGUAAGGAAAGCCAACAGGUUCAGAUGUCAAUCACAGCUAAGAAUAGCGCAGACCCAGUAUACAGUGGCAGAAUGGGCCUCGCCACACGAAGGCUGCAGCCAGGAGACAGCGGAUCUAAAUAUUUGGAUCAGCCUGCACAAUUCAGUUCUGAUAAAUCCAAGGAAAUGUUAUCAAAUGUCCGCAAGCUGAAGAAAAACAGCCUUGGCAGUCGAACUCAUGGCCCUGUAAGUAGCAAAGCAGCAUGUCCCAAAUAUUUUGUUGAAAAUCCAAGUUUUCUGAGUGACUCUGAUGAGGCUGAUAAUGAAGUAGAGAAGCUCACUGCUCUGUCUUUCCAGAGCCUCUCUUGUCCCCAGGGCAGUUACCUAGAUAUGUAUAGUUCUAGUAACAGGACAUCAUCCAGCUUGUCUAAUUCCUUGCCAGAAGAUUGUAAUGGAAUCAACAGGUGGCCUGCAUGCAGUGAUCAAAGGAAAACCGUGGUAGCUGGACACUCUAAAGGAGGCCGGCAAUUCUCAGGAGCUAGUAAAGCCCCAGAAACAGAACUGCUCAGUGGUAUGUUGGGAAAGGAACACUUUGAAUGCAUAGAUGUCACCCUAGAUAAUGCUGAUGGCAAAAAGAUCCUCUCGAAAAAGAGAAUGGUGCCCAAACGCCAGAUCCAGUUGAGACGGAAGGAGAAGAAGGAGAUGGGCUUCUGUCCUGCUGGAGAAUGUGCCACCCUCCAGGCAAGGAACCAAGGAACCCAAGCCAGGAAAGAGUCAUGUGCGAAAGCGAGGAGUAUCAGUGAUGAGUUUAGGAUCAAUUACAAACAAUUUCUGAAAGCAGCCUCUUUAAACAAUGCUUACAACAAAACUAGGCUUGCUUCAAGCUUGGUAAGAAAUGUAUUGGCUAAAAAAAUGCAAUAUGAACAAAGAAUUAAAAUGGAACAAGCAUCUAUCCAGGGCAGCUCAACCUCUUCUGUCCCUUCCUCUGUAAGUACUGAUAUCCAGGGAGACAGUUUAGAAGGCAAAUCAAGUUCCUUGUCCAAGUCAGAUUGCAGCUUUUCAACUGAAGAUAUGCAAAGUCAUUCCACUACCAGCGAGAAGUCUGAAUCCAUUUCAGUGAGCAAAGAUGACAGCAUGGAUGCUUUGAGACCAACCAAGGGAGUUGUACUCAAUGAGCAACUAAGGGAAAAGGUUUGCAAACUGAAAAACACAUUUAAUGAACUGAAUGAGAGGAUGAAAUAUCAAGAAGCCACUCAGCUGAAAAGGCUCCCUAUCAUGGCCGAGGGUGGUGUGAAUAUGACAGAAUCAAGCAACAUCAAGAAGCAGGUUUCCGGGGAAAGAAAAGAAUAUAGGAGAGCGCGAGCUGUGUUUGAGUCUAUGCAAUCUGAUAUAAAAUGCUUAGCGCCAGUUCCAAAAUUUGCAAAGCCACAAAAGCCUUGGCCAAACUUGAAGCAACGAGCUAUUCGUCAGAACAAGCAUACUUUGUCCAAAGAAGAAAUGUUUCCCAUUAAACCUAAAAACCUCAUCGUGCCCAGAGAUGCUUCAAGGAACAUCUUCACAUCGAAAACCAAAGAAAUGAAGCUCAUCCCUCAGAUCAAGAAGGAGCACAAUAUUCCUCAUGUUUCUAGGCGCCCACCUUUGGACAGAGUUUCCAGUGAGAGGAGGCUGCCUACAUUUCAGAGCAUGAAACUUUCAUCUGUUACAUUUCCAUCUUCUGGCAAAACACACUGUGAAAAAACAAACUGUCUAAAAACAGAGGAAUCUACUCAAAUGGAAAGCAAAGGGAAGAUAAGAAUACAUCCUCCCAGAGAUGUUAAAAAAUUGGUGAGUGACAGCUACAAUCUUGCUUUGAAAUCCUCAGACAGCUCCAGUGCGGACCAGGCUUCCUAUUCAGAAAGCAGGAAUGAAAACAGCUUAACUGUAUUGCCAAGGGACUCAAUGACCAUCUCACCUCUGUUCAUACAUUGUACCUCAAUAUGUCGGAAAGAUGAAUCACCAACAGUAAACCCUCUACCAGAGGAAAAACAAGACCAAAUGGAGGACCUUGACGUGUCAACACUUUCUCUACAUGAUGAGAGCACAAGUAGCAGAGACUCCAGUGACAGUUUUCACCCCACUGGACAAUCACAUGGAAACAAAACUGCAUGUCAUCCAGAAAAGAAAUGCUCUGCAGUUGGUGAAUCUCCAGUGCACAUCACUACAAUUCAAUCAAAGAAGCUUGUUGCUGAAAAUAAAGACUUCCCGACCCAGGUUGAAAAUAAAUCAGUACUUUAUGAACGAAGUGAAUUAAAUGUCAGACCUUCUUCAGCCUCCAAGAAAGAGUCUCAACUUAAUAUCAAAGUCAACAGCUCUGUCACCAAACAGUCACACACAACAAAGACAGAUUAUUCCCCUGCUUCAAGUUGUUCCACAUUUGAUGAGAGGACUAUAAAAGAAGGAUUGAUACAGUCUAAUAAUAGCAUGUUGAGAGAAAACAAAGCUGUGGCUUCAUCAGAGACCAUCGCAAUACCACCUACUGCAUGUCUUCAGGAAAUUGCAAGAAGAGAUCAUGGUGCUGUGACCACAAGCCAUAUUCUGGAGCCUUGCAAAGCCCAGGAAACUGGAUUGUCCUAUCCAAAACAUUUAUCCAGUGAUGUAUUUUCAGUGUCUCCCAGAUGUAGUAAAGAUUCAUCUAGUUUUUUGAAAGAAGAAAAUACAUUCUCUAGAUAUGCUUCACCACACGAGAGCUGCAGAGACUCACAAAUUGUCAGGCCUCCAACAACAAGUACCCACAAUAUUCAGACACAGACUCCAGCAAGUCACCAUUUUGUUGACAGUGCAUGUGAAACUAAAAGACAGGAAGACACCAAGCCCUUCGAGAGGCACAGCAAAAUACACUCGGAAUACAUUUCAGACAGCCCAUUAACAACAAGAGAAUAUAGUGAAGGAGUUAAAGUGAUAUCAAACUCAUCCUUUACACCAUCUGCCUCUUGUGGAAAACUCCCUGAUCCAGGGUGUGAUUAUUUUAAUAAUAAGCAUCAGACAACAAAUGAACAGUAUUUUUCAGCCACCCAAGCUGACAACACAAAUUACUUAACUAUUCCUGUGAAAGCCCAUCAACCUGAGGAACCCAUUAAACACCCUCUGCCUUUGUCCAUGGAUAACACCUCUUUUCCUUUUAAUGUCUCUUCCCAGCCCACAGGAGAAGCACCAGGAAAUAAAAUAAGCAAUGAGUUUUACCCACCUAAACAAAUGGAAAGGAAAGCAACUUCUGAUAAUAUAUUGUAUUCUCAUAACCCAAGCCAUGGGCCACUUCCCUCGAGACUUGAAGAAUCUCCCAGCUUCACAAGAAGAAAUGAAAGAACUUCGCCAUGUGGUAAGAGUGCCCCAAGUCCAACCAGACACUAUGUUGCUCCACCACUUCAAGCGCAUCGAAAAAUGUUAGUUGAUCCAGAGAGUGGGAAAUGCUAUUAUAUGGAAUCACCAAGGCAGCCCCAGUUGAAGAUGCUUUAUGAUCCGGAGACAGGGCAAUACAUUGAAGUGUUGAUACCACCAGUCCCACUAUCACCACACAGUGGGCUUUAUCAGUCUCCAUUCCCAGCAAUGGCCAUGAAUGCAGGAGGUUAUGGACCAUCAUACAUGUCAUAUUCUGGGUUUCCAGGUUUCCCCCCUCCCCCUCCAGCUGCACCAGCUGCCCAUCUGGACCUUCAAGACCAACAACCUCUUCAAGACAAUCCAAAUGUCAGUGAAAAUUUUAACAAUUUUUCAAAGAAUGAAGCUCCUCCGCCUUCCCAGACUGCUGAUGGCAACUACAUGGAAAGUUUGUAUUAUAUUCCCACCGGGAUGAAUUCAAGUCCUAAUCCUAAUCAAGCUUUGUUUUCCUCAGCCACAAAUUCUGGCCCUUCUGUAUCUGAAAAGGGAUCUUUCUUUAGGAUGUGACAUUCAUUUAAACAAUAUCUGGGAAGAAACUGUUACUAUAUUUCAGAUCAUUCUUUUUCUCCUUUUUAAGGCUCAAGACAAACCUCAUUCCUUGGAAGCUGUAUAACAGGAAUGCCAGGAAAGGGGAAGCUUGGUUGCUUUUUGCUCAUUUUGUUUAGCUGCUCUGUCUCAAAAGGAUUCAAGAGGUAAUGGUACCUUAAGAGUUUAUAGCUAACAGAUCACUUGCUUGACUGAGAGUUUAACAUAAAUGGGCCAUGUUCUGGUGCUAAUUGAGGCCAAUUGGAUUUUUUGAUAUUGACAUCAUGGGGACCAGAAUAGAGGCUAUAAGGUUAUCAUUUCCAACUCUUCGCUUGUUUCUUGAGAUAUGCUAUAUGUAGUAUAAUAGUCUAAUGCUAAGUUUGUUCCUGGGGAGUCUAGUAGUUAAUAUCUCUUGGCUCUGCUGUAGAAAUUAAAUGCUCAUUCAAACUUUUUGGAGUUGUAAUACUUUUAUAUAAGGUACAAACCAAUGACACCACUGAUUUUUAACAGUACUCUGCUUAAUGUUUACCAUCACAUAGCAGCUUAUUGUAGUAGCAGUGUCACACAUACCCUCAAGACAGACAGCGUAGACCAAGGAAGCAGAGAGUGGCAGUAAAGUGUUGGGAGGGCAGGACUGUCUGUAUGUUCAUUGUGGACAUUCCUGUCCUCCAGAGAUAGCCUGCUUGCCUUCCGGGGCAUUGGAGGAAGCUGCCAAUCUAGUUGACUACUGUUUGUGGAAUUGGAGAGGGGACGCACUAUUCAUUUCUUGCGUCAGGCAACUAAAUGUCUCAGGCCAUUUUUCCCUUUCUAGUGGGGUUCUAUCAGAGUAAAUACUAUGAGAAUCCCAGCACAUUAUGUGCUGGACAGCCCAAGAGAGGAAGGCAUGACUACUCCCUUGACCUUCGUAUUUGGCCAGAGCUCUGCUCUGAGGAGGCAGAAAUUUCCAAAUACCAGUCUUGACUCUGUAAGUGGUGAAACAGAAGUAAUAUAGAUGCCAGCAGCGAUUUUCCGAUUGUAAACUAAACUCUGGGAAUGGUUUCUAGAUCAGUGUUUCAGAAUUAGCAAUGAUUAACAGGAUACAAUAAAAUAUAGUGAAACAAAAGGCCUCCCCCCCCCCCCCCAAAUCAUCUGGGUGAAGAGUGGAAUAUAGUGCCUAAAUUCAUAAGGGGAUAGGGCUUCUCUAUCUUUAAUAGUUUUAUAGACGAGUGAAUUUUAGCAAUUGUAAUUUGCAUUAUACAGUAGAGUCUCACUUAUCCAACAUAAACGGGCCGGCAGAAUGUUCGAUAAGCAAAAAUGUUGAAUAAUAAGGAGGAAUUAAGAAAAAGCCUAUUAAACAUCAAAAUAGGUUAUGAUUUUACAAAUUAAGCACCAAAACAUCAUGUUAUACAACAAAUUUGACAGAAAAAGUAGUUCAUUACACAUUAAUGCUAUGUAGUAAUUACUGUAUUUAUGAAUUUAGCACCAAAAUAUCACAAUGCAUUGAAAACAUUGACUACAAAAAUGCGUUGGAUAAUCCAGAACGUUGGAUAAGUGAGACUCUACUGUAGCUCUUUCCUGCUGAAAUACAUUCUCCUGUCUAAAAGAGCCUUGCCUUCUUUUGCACCUGGCUAUCCCAGUCCAGCAUGAAAGAAAGGUAGAAGAGCAUUGUAAUACUGUACAUUAUGUCCCUUAAAAUGUAUCAUUUUCUAACUGUGCAGGUUGUGUUGUAGGCAACACAAAACAUUUUUGGUAUGUUUCUUAUCUUAAUUAUUAAAAAUUUGCAAAAAAUAAAUGGUCUUGGAAGCUUCGAAAAAGAGGUUGGGAUUAACUGUUAUUAUAAAUUAAUGCCACUGAAACUGCCUUCGCCCCUAAAGUUUGUGGCAGGUUUUAAAAAUCUGCUGAGAAAGGUGAUGUGAAGGUUCCAUGGCUGAACUUUUUCCUGAACAGAUGGGAUGUUUAUGAGCAUUCCCAGAUAUCACAUCACUUCAUCUAAUGGGAGCCAGAGACAACACUAUCCCUGUUGCCGUUGCAGUGAACAUCUUAAACCCCAUUAGCACGAGAUUAACUUUAUAGAAGGCACUGAAAGCUGAACACUGUUUACUUCUUAAUAUUAGGUAAUAAACAAUUAAAAUACCCUCUGAAAUGUAAGAAUGUAAUUAUAUCUGGCUUCCUAGCUAAGUGAAUGAAACUACCAAGAGGAAAGUAAGGAUAUGCUUUAGCCAUGUUUUAUGCUUUUGCAAUUUCAAAGGGACAUGGCAAGUAAGGAAGCAUAAAGAUUACCAGUCCUUGAGUCAGAAAUACCUAUUCAGCUCCAUCCUUUCAUAAGUUAGAUGUGUGUGCCUUCAAAUUUCCUUUUGACUAAUUGUGAUCCCAUGAAUUUCAUAGGAUUUUCUUAGGCAAGGAAUGCUUAGAGGUGAUUUGCCAUUACCUUCUUCAGAAAUGCUGCUGAUGGCAUGGCUUGAAAAGCCAGGUUCUAUGAACAUUUUGUAAUAAGUGAGAAAGUCGGGACUUCUAAAUUGCCAGAUCUUCUACGAAUAGCUGGUUGUGUCACUGAGGUAAAAUCAAUUUGAUUAUAUAUGUUGGUGUAAGAACCACACUUGUACAUCUGGCCACAUCACUUCUCCUGGUAUUUGUGAGAGAGAUCGUACUGAGCCAUAUGGACCCAACAACCCUUAAUUGUUCAGACUCAACUGAAUGCCUCACCUGUAUAGCUGUAGUCCGACAAAACUGGAAAGCAGAAUUGCAUUCCAGAACAUAAAGUGCUCUGCACCUAUAUGGGCAAAUUCGAGGAGAAAGCUUUAUCCACAAGACUGGAAUUCUUGGCUCUGAAGACUUUUAAUCUGUAGAAAGCUCUGUGUGCCCGGAGGCCUGCCAAUAUAUAGGUCAGCAAUGUAUCCAUGGUUACGGAAAGACUAAAAGGGGCUCAUGAUUCUGUUGUGUGAACAACCUGCCAGAUUCUGUUUGUCAAGGAGUUGAAAGAGUGCCACAAGAGUGAAUUCAGGCUGUUAUUUUGUUUUGUUUCACCUGGCCAAUUGGCAGUCCUGCUGUUGAAUGUUGAAAGGAACAAGCAGCAGAAUCUGGGAGCACUAUGUUCUGCAGAGGUAUGCACUCCUUUGAGGCUAAAUUUUUCCAACCUUGACUCCCUGAGUAUUGACCUACAAAUCCUAUCAUCCCUGAGCAUUGGGCAUGCUGAGGCUUUGACUGUUGAGCCAACAGGGACCAUGAGCACUAGGAAAUUGUUCACAGUGUAUUCUGUUGUGUUGAUUUUGGUUCGUAAUAUGCGCCUAAUUAACCAUUACAGUUGUCAACAUUCAGGCAGCAUACUGUGGGAGUUUUGCAUAGAUUAGUGGCUUUUGAAUAUCAAAAUCACCUUUCCCAAAGUGAGCAUCCUCUGUAUGUCAUGGGACUGCACUUUCCAUCAAACUGUGCUGGCUGAGGAUAAUUAGAGUUGCAUUCCAACACAUCUGAAGGGCACCAGAUUGAGAGUGGUUGACUUAGGAAAAGGAUGGGAAUCAUGUCUUCCAGAUGUUGAACAGCAGUUCCAGCAUUCCUCACCAUUGGCUGGAUUUGCUGGGAGUUACAGUCCAACAUCUGGAAGGCAGCUUGAUUCCCUUCCCUGACUUAGAGGUUGGUCGGUAAAUUACAAAUUCUUUUAUCCUGUGUUCAGUCUCCAGGAUGUCUGGAGCACUUCAUGAAGCAUAAAUUGUAAACGUCAUCAACUCCAAAUGCUGAAGGGAAAAUCACUAACAAGGCAAAGGUAGCAUGCACAGACAGCCUAAAAGACAGCAUUUAAACAGCCACACUAAACUGUAAUGUUAAAAUAGUGGUGUGCAAAUGAUGUUCCUCCAGAUAGAGUUGGACUAUAACUCCAAUCAGCCUCAUCCACCGUAGUCAACAGACAUCUGGAAGACUUAACCUUUGAUCACCUGUGUGUUAGAGUUUGCUAAAAUGACAACUCCAAGUGAGUUGUCCCUGGGGAAAGCUUUCAACUACCAACCGGGCACUAUAGCAUAUAAGGUCCUUUUGCCCUGUUGCUAUCAAUCUCACUUAGAAAGGGGGAGGAACUCCAAGAAGGGCUUCAGGAUAGGGUGGUCAAAUGAAAAAAGAGGGCUCUUGCAUAGUUUAAAACUGUGUUGAAGAAGUAUAGUUGUGACAAUUUGGAGACAGCUAUAAAAUGCUUCAUUUUCUUUGUACUGGAUCAUGAAUAUACUGAUUCGAGCAAAUUCUCACCAUUUGUCUGGAUUUUGCAGUCCUUCAUGCAGUUUACCCUAAUGAGUUGGGCUGAGCUGCCUGAAAGCCCUCUUGUGUUGUCUCUAACAAACUGGAUUUCUCUGUGCAAAAAGAGAUUUAUGACACCAUGUGGCAAGGGGUUGAUCAACAGGGCCUGUGACUUCUGCAGCUAGUGAGUGAUCUCUGAAACCCAAUCUAGAAAUGUAGGUUGCUUAUUUCAGCUUACGGUAAGAAAGAAAAUACAGGUUGACUGUCCCUUAUCUAAAAUGCUUGGGACCAGAAGUGUUUUGGAUUUUGGAUUUUUCAGGUUUUGAAAUACCUGUACUUGCAUAUAUGUAGAUGAUAAAUUAUCUUAGAGAUGGGACCCACAUCUAAAAAUGACAAUCCUUCAUGCCUCAUGUAUAUCCUGUACACUUAGCCUGAAGGUAAUUUUACACACAAUAUUUUUGAUAAUUUUAUGCUUGAAACAAAGAUUGUGUACAUCAAACCAUCAGAAAACAGAGACGUGACUAUUUCAGCCACCCAUGUGAACAAUUUCCAAUUUUGGAGUAUUUCUGAUUUUGGAACUCCACAUAAGGGAUGCUCAACCAAUAUUGCGAUCCAUUAAUAAGAGGUAUCAGGGCAACUGGAGAACUUAUUCUGAAUCCACCAGUGGCUGUGUUUCAUUGGACAGCUUUCACAAUAUCUUCGAAUGUCAAAGAGAUAUGGAACUGCCACAGCGCUAUGUUCACACUCCCUGGUUCUGUGUUAUUUACAAUAUAUUGGUUGACUUAGGAGUAUGUAUGAUUCUUUUGAUUUUUCAGUUGCCCUUCUGAAGUGACCGGAACAUAAUCUUUUUCUACAAAAUACUGUCUUGUUCCACCUUUAAAACUUUAAAACUGAUGGGAUGAAAAUGACUCCACUGUAGUCCAUAAAAGGUUAUACAGGCAGUCCCAGAGUUACCAACAUUUGGUUUAACUCAUAGUUAAGAACGGGGCUGAGGCAACAGGAAGUGAGAGAAAUCUAUCACUCGGAAGGGAAAUUCACUCUGGAAAGAGUUACAGGGAAAAGGUGUCUCCACUGAAGCUUUCUCACUAAUCCUUGUCUCCACUACGAAUCAAAUCUUUCAAAAUCCAAUUCUCACAGGGACAGAAAGUGAGAUGAAAUCUUCUGAACAGGGUCACAGACAGUAAAAUAAACAUCACAGGGAUGUUAACCCUAUGCUAUCCAAAACUAAAAUGUAUAUAUUUUUGCCUGGAGUUAGACAUAAUUUUUUUUCCUGUUCCGACAUCCAAAUUCAACUUAAGGAAAAACCUACAGAACCUAUCUUGUUCGUAACAUGAUGACUGCCUGUACUGUAAUCAAUAUAAAGUGCUAAAAGACUUCUUAUUGUUUCCUUAGGGCUUUAAUUAAGCCAGAAUUUUUAAGUGGAAGGAUGGUAGGGAUUCAUGAUUUUAAAUAAGUGUCUUUCAAGGUGGUGCAAAAAAUUAAACUUAGCCCUGGUAGACUACAGAAGGAAUCUAUGAUGAAGAAUGGGAUGGGAUGUAGAAUCCUUGCAAAUGGAGAAAAAGCAUCUGCAAAAGAGGUGGAAGGGAGGAGAUGGGAAAUCUUUCCCCCAGAGACCCAGAGCUAUGGUGGUUCACAGCCUUCUAGUGGAAUAAAACAAUCAUAAGAUGAUAACAAAGACUGUAUCUCAGAACAAACCAUGAGGCAACAUGACAUUUGGCUCAGAGGUCCAGGAAGAACAGGACUAGUGGUAAAAGAACAGAACUGGGCGGGAAAUAGAGAGAUUAAGAGUAUGUUGAGCUAGAGAGUAAAGAGUAAAGCCUUGAACAAUGAACUUCUGGCCUUCUAGAACCCUUUAAAAUGGUGUCUUCUCACUGAAGUUAAAGUCAGCCAUGAAUUUAAUUAUCACACUGCUUCGAGCUUUCUUCUCUAGAUGUUUCUGGGAUCCCUGGCAUUUCUGAAUGCUGAACAGAAUUUUUCAUUUUCUCAAUUGCUACAGAAUCUAUCACUUUUUGUGGACUUUUAACCUGUUUACAAUGUUUUCUUGAUACCUACACAUAUAAAACCAUGCCAAAUUUGAAUACAAUUCAGGUAUCUGAAAUGGCCUUGAUGUACAAAAAGCUUAUGCAGCAAUAAAACUGUUAGCUUUUAAGUUGCCAUACUUUUUGUACCCUCCCAGCUGUAAAUAAUAUAUUUGAAAAUAUUGAUACUUAGUUUGUAGUGCAAAACUUUCUUUUUGAAAUUGUUAAUAUAGAGAAAUCAUUGCAGAUUUCGAAUAUAAUAUUUUGGGAGAGUGGAGCUACAAUGAGAAACAAAUUAGAAAGUAUCUGAUUUUGUAUUAGUCAUUCUGAGAAUAUUUUUCGGUGAUAAUAUCUAAAAGGAGUUAAUUGUUUAUCUAAUGUACAGUUAAAUGGUAGGAUGGCUGUUUUACAAUGUUGGCUGAAAGUAGACGUUUGCUGUUUGAGAGAAUGACAUAUCUGUGAUAUGCCAAAAAAGAGUUUUGUUUGAAGUUAUUGUCCAUAAUGCAAUGUUUAUAAGGUUUCUUAUAUUUUUAUGUAUUUUAAUUGUCCUUGCUAAAGGCUGCAAGACACAAAAUGUUCCUGGAAUUUUAUAAAAUUGUAUGAACAUUAAGUUUGACAAUAAACUAUUUAUAUUA